UUAUUCAACUAAUAAAAUGCAACCAGGAAAUCAAGGGCAACAAAACUCAGGAAUGGGUGAUAAGGCUCCAGCGCAGCCCCCACCUUACAUUAUGGCAGUAUUUCCAGUUCCUGCCGAUCAGAUUACUAACUUUCAGAACCAAAUGUCCUCUUUCAAUCUUAUGCCAUUUCAGAUGCCUGGCUAUCCACAAAUGAUGCAAUUCCCUCAACAGCCUUCAAUAAUCCCUCCCUACCCAACCCCAAUGCAGAUGUUCCCUCCGCACUCCCAAACACCCUUCCUGAACCCACCCCCAAACAUCCCAAUACCUACCACUGAAAAGGAGAGUCCUAGCGUACAAGUUGACCGCCCUUCAAACGUUAAUCACCUAAAAGAUAGCCAAGACUCUAGUGAUAAGAAGGGUGAUAUUCAGAAGGACUCAUCUGCUCUAACUAUUGAGCCUCCUAGGGAGAGAUGGAAGAGGAAGGAUGAUAAGGAAAUGUUUGCCUUCUUGCGUACUCAUUGUAACAAAGCUGGUGAUACUAUUGAAAACAUUUUACAACGACUUGAAAGUUCAGCAGACAAGGAUCAAGAAUUCUGGGUUUACAUCUCAGACUCUAUAAAAUGGAAGGGACCUCUCUUCAUGCUUCAAAAGAGAUUUCAAAAAUUGUGACAGACGAAGGGACUAUCGAUUAGGGAGAAGAUUUUGCUAAGGAAACUUUAUGACAAAAAGAAGAAGUCUAAGGAAGAAGUCACACUUGAUUCCAUACUCUACCAUUUUCCAGGAAGAACACUCAAGGAUCUUCAGAUUGAGAAUCUUGAUGAAGAAAUCAAUAGUUAUUUCGCUGCCUUCAAAGAGUCUAAUAACUAG